AUGCUUCCCUUUCAUUUUCUAGCAGUGGUAUCCUUCCUGCUGCUACUCCCAUUGGUGCUGUGCGCAGAGGACUACUACAAGAUCCUCGGGGUGGACAAGUCGGCAUCAGACCGGGACAUCAAGCGUGCGUAUCGGACGUUGAGCAAAAAAUACCACCCGGACAAGAAUCCAGGAGAUGAAUCCGCAAAGCAGAAAUUCGUCGAUCUCGCCGAAGCAUACGAAAUCCUAUCCACGUCGAGUACGAGAAAAGUCUACGACCAAUAUGGCCACGAAGGUCUAGAGCAGCAAAAGCGUGGCGGCGGCGGAGGCGGCGGCGAUCCAUUCGACCUGUUUUCUCGCUUUUUUGGCGGCGGCGGGCAUUCUGGACACGGUGGUGGGCACCGCAAGGGCCCGGAUAUGGAAGUCAAGCUUCAGCUACCACUGCGCGAUUUCUACGUGGGGCGCGAUGUCGAGUUUAAUAUUGAGAAGCAGCACAUUUGCGAGACGUGUGAAGGAUCUGGUUCGGCAGACGGUACGGUCGAGACGUGCAACAAGUGCGGAGGACGAGGCAUAGUCAUCCAAAAACACAUGAUUGCGCCAGGAAUGUACCAGCAAAUGCAAUCACACUGCGACAAGUGCGGCGGCAAAGGCAAAUCGAUCAAGAAACCCUGCUCCGUUUGCCACGGCCAGCGCGUCGUGCGCAAACCGUCCUCGCAGUCGGCCUCAAUCGAGCCCGGCAUGUCCAAGGGAACGCGACUGACAUUCGAAAACGAGGCCGACGAGAGCCCCGAUUGGGUUGCGGGCGACCUGAUUGUGAUCCUGGACGAGCAGGCACCGGCCCUGGGCGCCGACGACGAAGAGCGCACCGACGGCACGUUUUUCCGGCGCAAGGGUAAAGAUCUGUUCUGGAAAGAGGUACUUUCUCUCCGAGAGGCCUGGAUGGGCGAGUGGACGCGCAAUAUCACGCACCUCGACGGCCAUGUUGUGCAGUUGAGCCGCAAGCGCGGCGAGGUUGUUCAGCCUCUUUCGGUAGAGACGGUGCGCGGACAGGGUAUGCCCAUCUACCACGAUGGUCAUCUUCACGAACAGCAUGAUGGCGAAGAUCAUGGGGAUUUGCUGGUCGAGUAUACUGUUGUCCUGCCAGACGAGAUGGAGAGUGGCAUGGAGAAAGACUUUCAUGCCCUGUGGCAGAAAUGGCGACGAAAGAAUGGUGUAGACCUACUUAAAGAUUCUGGUCGUCCAGCGCCGCCAGAGACGGACUACAAGGAUGAGCUUUGA